AUGACAACUAAAUCUAGCCUGAAAAACGAUAGGAAAGGGGUUUCUCCAAAUGCUUUACCUGGAGCUGAGCAGGCGAAUAUGGGUUCAUCGGCAAUGCCUGAUACAAACUCUACGGGGCCAUUCUCCUCUGUUUCUAGCCUCGAUACUCCCAUAAUAAGGAAAUCAACUAGUCCCACUGGUUCGCAAACUAAGUCAAUAAUGAAUGCUAGUGGAACCUCCGGCGCAGUUGUAAGCAAUACACCGGAGCCAGGGUUAAAAAGAAUACCAACUGUUACAUUCAGUGAUCCAAAGUUGGGCGGUCCCAGGCCGGACGUGGAGCAAACUCCACCGAACCAGGUGGCCAGACAGUCCAGUGAAAAGAAAGCAACGUCUGUACACGUCCCAGCAGAAAGCACUAAUCAGGGAAGAAAUUUGAAAGACAUAAAUACAAAAGUAGUAAAAGACGGCGAAGCUUCUGCCUCUUCUUUUUCGACUCCAACCUCUAUUCUCUCCAAUGUUGAUAUGGGGAAUAACAUAUCCAGCCUGCUGGCUAAGAAGUUAAGUUUUGGCGGUGGGACGGAUUCUAUUUUGAACUCUGACAACAGUUCCGAUAGUCCAAGAAAGGAGCAUCCACAUUUCUAUGUGGAGGAUCCUUUGCAUACCCCAUCAGUUAGAUCGAGAUCUAACAGUACUAGUCCUCGCCCCUCCGUAGUAGUGAACACAUUCAAUCCCAUUAACAUUGAGCGAGAGGGCUCAAUAUCAAAAACUGGAGAGCCCAACUUGUUGGAGUCCGUCCUAGAAGAAGCAAUGUCUCCCAAUGCAGUCUCAAAUCCCUUGAAGAGAGAAAAUAUUAUGACUAAUAUGGAUCCAAGGCUCCCCCAAGAUGACGGUAAGUUGCACGUCCUUUUCGGGGCAACAGGCUCUUUAUCUGUUUUUAAACUCAAGCAUAUGAUCAGGAAAUUAGAAGAAAUUUAUGGAAGGGAUAAGAUUAGCAUACAAGUGAUAUUAACUAACUCUGCCACCAAAUUUUUUGCAAUGAAGUAUAUGAGGAAAAAUAAGAAGCAACACAAUAAUAUGGGUACCUCUUUCAGUAGCACAAAUUCUAAUGCCGGUAAUUUAACUAAUAACAAAAAAAAUGCGGCCUCUCUUGAAAAAUUUAGCAUUCCAAAGACGCCUUCAAACUCAGCGGCUCCUUCUCAGACAAAUAUCAAAAGUGAGGAAGAAACCCAAAUGGCAUCUACCACUGGAUUUCCUUCGACACUUAGUGGUAGCCGUACGUUCAGCAACUCUUCAAACACUGCGUCGCAACAUCCUCAAAUUGAACUGCCAGCACAUAUACAAUUUUGGACAGAUCAAGACGAGUGGGAUGUAUGGCAACAACGAACUGACCCUGUCUUACAUAUAGAACUACGUCGUUGGGCUGAUAUACUGGUUGUCGCGCCAUUGACCGCAAACACAUUGGCCAAGAUUGCCCUUGGCUUAUGCGAUAACUUUUUGACAAGUGUAAUAAGAGCAUGGAAUCCUACGUUUCCUAUAUUCCUAGCACCUUCAAUGGGUAGCGGUACGUUCAAUUCCAUAAUGACUAAGAAACAUUUUCGGAUUAUUCAAGAAGAAAUGCCUUGGGUAACUGUAUUCAAACCCUCUGAAAAAGUCAUGGGCAUAAAUGGUGACAUCGGGCUAAGUGGGAUGAUGGAUGCGAAUGAGAUUGUUGGUAGGAUAGUGAACAAACUAGGUGGGUAUCCUGACGUUUCUGCAGGGAAGGAAGAAGAAGAAGAGGAUGAAGAUAACGACGACGAGGAUGAUAACAAGAAAAAUAAUACCAAUGAAAAUGAUGAAGAUGACGAUGAUGACGAUGAUGACGAUGAUGACGAUGAUGACGAUGAUGACGAUGAUGACGAUGAUGACGAUGAGGACGAUGAGGACGAUGAGGACGAGGAAGAUGAUGAGGAUGAGGAGGUUGAAGGAAAAAAGAAUGAUGACAAAAUAGUACUACAGCGAUCUUAA